CUGUUUUAAAACUCCGACCACGGCUAUUUGAGAUAAUUCUUCAAUACAUAACAUGCUUGGCACAGUCCUACACGAUAUUAUAUUUAACUUAUUUACUAUUAUUUUCAUACCAGGAACAAUUCCGUUCAAAGAGAAAAUGUUUCGAAAGGUGUCCGAUAUCCCAGUGAUACAGAAUGCUUGCGAUCUUUGGAAUGGUGUGGUUCCGAGUCGGCUGGACUGUUCUCGCGUUUGUUCAAGUGAUGAUCGGUGUGUUCUCUUCACGUAUGAUGAAAAUGGAACAUGUUCUACGUAUUGUGUCUUUGGAACAGAGUUUGAAGCAUUACAUGAAUAUUUCGCUGUUACAGGCCUUGUGGAUUGCGGGAGUCCAUCAGUAGACAAUGGCGAUGUUACAUACGAGUCCUCCAUUUUGAACAGCGUAGCGUCUGUGGAGUGUAACGACUUGUUCCAAUUGUUUGGAAACAGCAGUUCAGCCAGGUGUGACUCCAACGGACAGUGGGGCGGAUUUGGGGCGUGUCGUCAGGUGGAAUGGAGAAAUGAGAACACAUUUUUCAAAGCAGAUCUACCAGAACCCAUGAGAGAUGGGUGGGAGGUGAUCUUCAACGGAACACCGAAGGCUUCAGCUGAAGAAUUUAGCAUUAACUUCGUGGAUGUGGUGAAUGUUCCUUUGCAUGUGAAUAUACGGUUUACGGUCUACAAUCAGGUGAAGAUAGUCGUGUUCAACUCAAUGAUCGAUGGUGUGUGGGGAACCGAAGAAGAGGCUCCAUCAUUUCCAUUUGACGAACUUGUUCCUUUCGAAAUCCGCGUAAAGCUACUUCCCGGGAUAUUUAAGAUUAUAGUUAAUGGUGCAGACCUUUACGACUACACGUUGAGAUCACCCUCUGAAGACGUCGCCAGGAUUUCUAUUACGACUGAUGUGCUCAUCAACAAGCUGAAGAUAAUCCCUUAA